UCUCUCUCUCUCUCUCUCUCUCUCUCCUCCGCUUGCUGCAGUCUCUGUGCCUCAACUUCUACCACCUUAACCAGCAGCUCCAUAGCCAAAUUGGGUCUAGCUUUUAAUUAUCUUAUAAUCAUUUCAAUUCAUGAUCAAUGGCGAUAAAGGCCAACAACUUUUCAAAAGACUCUUCCUUUCUUUUUGGAUUCAAAACCCUCAUAAUGCCAAUAUUAUAUCAAUCAAUCCCCCUGUUUACAUAUCUCCUUUUUUUUAUUUUAUUGCCUUGUAUAUCAUUCUUUCACAUUAAUUAUUCUGAUAUAAUUGGAGUUUGAGCCCAAGAAAGGCUACAAAAAGACACGCUAACCACCUACUACGUCUACUACGACUGCUACUACACAUUCUGGGUUAUAAUCCAGCACCUCACAGUCUCUUACACGCCCGCUUCUACUGCAAUCGUGUGUGUUGACUGUGUGAGGAAGAGGGACCGUGGUGGCCCAUUUUCAAAUCCAUAGCUGGGUGAGAGAAUACCAUGCCAUAGCCUUAAAAUAUCCAUUAAAAAAUGAUGGUGAAUGAGACCAAGAUAAUGAGAGAGAGAGAGACAGAGAGAGGAACAAGAGGUUAGAGUUAGAGAAUAAGAUGAGAUAUUCUCUUCAGCUAUCAUGGUUUUUGGUGUUUUCCUUUGAAAUCAAACAAAGGUAAACCAGAUCUCUGUAAGAAGAGUCCGAAGUUAAUUUUGGACUAUAUUUUUUAGUGGUUCUCUUCCAAUUUGGCGAUGCAAAUGAUGUCUGGUGAUGCUUUCUCCAUUCCUUCUUCUAUACCACUGUUUGCUCCUGAAGAACAGAAUGCAAACCCUAACCCUAAAACUAAUCCUGUGCCCAAGAAGAAGAGAAAUUUGCCUGGAACACCAGAUCCAGAUGCUGAAGUUAUUGCUCUAUCUCCUAAGACUCUCAUGGCUACAAACAGAUUUAUUUGCGAAAUAUGCAAUAAAGGUUUCCAAAGAGACCAAAACUUGCAGCUUCAUCGGAGAGGUCACAAUCUUCCAUGGAAACUAAGGCAAAGGACCAACAAAGAAGUCAUCAGAAAGAAAGUUUAUAUAUGCCCAGAAAAGACCUGCGUUCAUCAUGAUCCGUCGAGAGCUCUUGGGGAUCUCACCGGAAUAAAAAAGCAUUAUAGCCGGAAACAUGGAGAGAAGAAAUGGAAGUGUGAGAAGUGUUCUAAGAAAUAUGCAGUUCAAUCUGACUGGAAAGCUCACUCCAAGACUUGUGGGACUAGAGAAUAUAAAUGUGAUUGUGGAACUCUAUUUUCCAGGAAAGAUAGCUUUAUCACCCAUAGAGCCUUUUGUGAUGCCUUAGCUGAAGAAAGUGCAAGAAUCAGUUCAGUUCCCGCAACCAAUCUAAAUUUCAGAAAUGACACAGUUAAUUUUCCUCGUGGAGAACCUGCAGGCGGCGGAGUUCAAGAUAUUGCAGGCAUUUCUCAAUUCAGUUCAGGUUUUAGACCAGAUUUCAAUGGCUUUCCUUCUCUCAGUGCUGAUCAACAGAAGACUGGAUUGUCCCUGUGGCUAAAUCAGGCAAAUUCUCAGAUCAAUCCUGCAGAUAUUGUGCCCAAUCACGCUAAUCUUUAUGCAUCUUCAAGUUCAACUGGCUUGCCUGAGAUGGUGCAAAUGGGAUCGAAUCUUUAUGGUUCAUCAUCCACCACCAAUUUUGGUAAUUUAAAGUUAUCAGGACUUCCACAUGGACUAAAAGAAGAAGAAGGUAGUAACAAGGGGCUUAAUAUGGUAGAUUCAUUGCCUUCUCUGUAUUCCGAUAGUCAUCAAAACAGACAAUCAAAGCCAGCUGCACCCAUGUCCGCCACUGCUCUUCUUCAAAAAGCAGCUCAAAUGGGUUCCACAAGAAGCAAUCAAUCUUUCUUUGGGAGCAAUAGUCAUGGGCUAAUGAGUUCGUCCUCUUCAUCCAAUACAACAAACCUCAAUACUCUCAGCCAGAACAGAAAUGAGCUGCACCAAGUUUUCCAAAAUGUUAAUAAGCAACCGGAGUGUAAUAUAACAGUCACAAGCAGUGUAGCUAUGGGCGACGCUAUAAUGGUCGUAUCAAGCGGUCUUGAUCAAGUAGCGAUGCAGUCUAGUGGAAGACAAAAUGACCCAUUUCAGUUGAAGGUGCAACCAGGUUCAACUUCUUUAGAAAGUGGUUUAACAAGAGAUUUCCUUGGCAUGAGUGCUCAAUCUGGGCGUCCAUUUUUACCCCAAGAGCUAGCUAAAUUUGCUUCAAUGAGCUCAGCCAUGGGUCUGAGCCAAUUCACUAACAAUCCUAAUUAAGGGCUCAUGUUGGUUACACCACAUUAUUACCCAACAAGUUAAAUCCCACAAACAUGAGGAGUAAGCCUUAGAUUUCUUGUUAUUGCAGUGAAACUAAAAUCCGAGUUUGGAACCGAGUAGAACUCUCGCUCGGUGGUGGAAUUUGUGGACAAGCAGUCCAGGCCAGGAUACGCAGCUUGUAAAGAGUAUAGGGUGGUCCAAUGCAUGUUGAUCUGAAGUGACAGAACAAUGAGCUAGCCAACUCUAAAAACUUGCAUGUUCUCCUUGUUUUUAUUGUUACUUUUCUUUCCACUUCUUGUUUUA